AUGAAUGCGGAUGACGUAGAUAGGGAAAUUGUUGAAAACGGUCUCGGAAUAUAUGAAAUGCCAGCAGAUGAGGUACAAGAAACUCCACAGGAAGAAGUUCAGAUACAACCAGACAUGGAAGAAAUAGUUCAGCAACAACAGCUAGAAGAGCCUGAAGGAAACGAACAAGUCCUUCCUUUGGAAACUAACUUCACAGAACUAGAUGAAGAUUUGGAAACAGCCGAAAAAUCUUGA